UCGCUAAAGGAAGUAGUGAUGUGUAGUAUUUUUUCAUCUUUGAGUUGGUCAAAUCAUUCAUAAGAUAGAGUGCCCCUGCUGUCUUGGCUAUUGUGUGUUGCAAGGUGUUUAUCACAACAAUAAAUAUUGUGUGUGUGUUUCCAGGGAAUGAAAUAAGAGGCGGACUUUUCACAACAUUUCAGGGUGAAGUAGCAACGUGCUCCCCUGUAGCCUCCACACACAAGUGCUACGUGUUAGGUUCAGGAAAUGUAUAUUAGUUUACCAAAGCGACUGUAUUUUAUGUUGCAACCUUUCUCUUAACUCGUAAGUUAGUUGCUAGCUAGCAAACCUACAUAUGACACCUGUGUCAAAAUCGACAUGAAAAUUCUGUUUAUAGCUUGCCUCAGUCCCAAAACUGGAAACAACACAACAGCUGAGCGCAUAAGGGACUACAUUGAAAGCGUGGGACACACCUGCGAGCUCAGAGAUGCAGCACAAUUUCAGUCUUCUGCUGAGGUGGCACAGCUACUGUCCCAAGAUCCCCCGUUUGAUGGUGCACUGGCAAUUCAUCUAUAUAAAGCUGGGCGACUGCUCUUAGAUAUUCAAGUACCUUUUGGUGUUAUUUUUGGAGGAACUGACAUAAAUGAAGAUGUCAAGGUCGAACAGAAGCGUUUGGUAAUGGAGCAGGUGCUACAAAAAGCCAGGUUUGCUGUUGCCUUUUCUGAGAAAAUGAAAGAAACUUCUGGAUUAUUUUUGUUUUCCCAGAGGUGUAAAGUUUAUGUCCAACCCCAAGGCAUACAGACAGCCAUUGCUCAAACAUUCUGCUGGACAGAGUUCUUAAGAUGCACAGAUGUUAGCACAGCGCAUGUGGAUGAACUACGGGUCUUCCUCUUGGUCUGUGGCCUGAGAAGAGUCAAAGACCCUCUCUACCUGGUCCAGGUCUUCUCAGAGUGGCAUUGUCAGGAUCCUCUGAAUGUCCUCAUUAUUAUUGGGCCAAAGAUUGAUCCUGUUUUUAGCACAGAAGUUGAGUCUGUGAUUCAUAGAACAGCAGGGGUCUACAUGACCCAGGAGAGGAGCCAAAGGGAGCUGCAUGCUGCCAUGAAGAAGUGUUUUGCUGUGGUUAACAGCUCACUCUCAGAGGGCAUGUCUGCAGCCAUCUUGGAGGCUAUGCACCUAGGUGUCCCUGUGGUGGCCCGGGACAUUCCUGGAAAUUCAGCCAUCGUGGAGCAUGGGAUCACUGGUCUGCUGUACUCAUCUCCUCAGAAUUUUGUGGAUCAAUCUCAGAGGCUGUCGUCAGAUCCUGAGCUGAGAGAGAGACUGGUGAGGAAUGGGAAAGUCUAUGUGGACGAGCACCACAGUAUGAAACAGGAGCGGGAGACUUACCAGAGAUUAGUGGCUACUUUACACUGACUGAGUUCCCUUUAUUGUCCCUGUAUUGUCUUAUAUACUGUUUUAUAACCUGUUUUACAUUAGCUUAAACCAAAGACAAUCUAUGCCUUUAGUUGUUUUAAGCAUGUACUGUACAUGUUACAGCAAAUUUUGUAAAAUUAUUAGUUUACAAUGUACAAUAUAGUGUUAGCCAUUAUUUUAUUUUUCAGUUUGAUUUUAUUUUUGCAAAAAUAGAACUGAACAGCUCAGGACAUAAAGGUCAAUCAGUCAGUGCAUGAUUGUGCCUGUUGAAGACAAUAAGCAAAUAAUUGUAUUCAGGCUGCUGGACCAUUGCUAGAGAUGCUGUUUGUUGAUGUGGUUUAUAAUGAAAAACGAUACGGUAGAACACAAGACAUUUUGAAUGUAUAUUACUCUGUACUGCAGACUGAUCUUUAACAAUAUUGUAUUGUACACUAAUGUUUAGUUCAUAAAGUGCCUUUUUAAUUGACAAUGAACAAAACAUAAAAGUGGAAAAUAUACAUCUGUGUCUUUUUAUGAUAAAAAUUGUGCAACAUAAACCAAUAAAAACAUAUCUUAGACAA